AGAAAUGAAUAACUCUAAGUGGUUAUUUUCUUAUUCACAAAAAUUAGCUUAAGCUAACUUCAAAAAGUUUUACACAAAAAUUAAUUACAAAAAUGCCCUACAAAAAUCAAUAUUUCCAACCACAUAAAAUAUUUUAGAUAACAUGAUAAAAGAAAGAAUUGUUGAUCCAAUUUAAUAACAAUAAUUAUUAAAUUUAUAAUUGGAAGAAAUAAAAGAAACUUAAUAAUAAUAAGAAAUAUCAUAACCUAUAUAAUAAAAGCCUAUAGAUAUUGAAAAAAGAGUGGAAGCUGUCAUCCUAAAAAGUAUUUCUUUUUUUUAUUUAUAGUGGAUGGAGAUGGCAAUAGCAACUCGAGAUUUAAAUUUACAAAUAGUAAAAAUGUCCCAUAGGAUUAUGAGGCAAUAUAAUAAAUAAAAUAAUAUCUACAAAAAUGA